AUGUCUGCAAGAUCUAUUGUCGCCUUCCGCACCGUCCUCCGUCCGGCGUUUGCCUCCCGCUCCGUGAUUGCCCCAUUUAGCACUACUGCUCCGGUCCGGGCCACCGCUUUUGGCUCAGGCAAAGAUGAUCUCGGUGGUCCUGGAGGCCAACAGCCGCCACCUCGAAAUCCAGGCGGCCCUGAAGCUCUCAAGCGUAAUUGGAUGGCCAUUGGAGGUGGUGCCCUCGCCGUUCUCAUAGGCUACAACUGGAUCGUCAAGAAUCCCGAUGAGGCAAGGCAGCAGCGUGACAAGACCAUGGGCGAAAUGAGUGGGAGGACAAAGACGGAGAUGGGAAGCUUUCGACAUGACUGA